UUGUGAAACAAGCAUUCGGCCAUCUGAAUCGGCCAUAUCAGCCACCAAACACUCGCAUACCCGCCGAAUAAAACAAUACACAAAUACAUAUACAAUACAACAAUACGAACGUUACUACUGUUCUUCCAGCUAGUACUUGUCAUGGAUCAUAAUGGAGAUAGAGAUGGCUUUAUCAUAGAUGAUAGAUUCGGAUACUUGUAUCGUACCCCGGUUGGCGGAGGGGGGGGCUCGACUGAAUUUCUGGUUCGGUGUUAGCGCCUGUUCGGCUGAGUGGUUCCAUGAUUUUACAGUGGAGGGAGGUGUUCUCGAGUGGACGGGGCGAGCUUGUGUGCAGACAGAGUGUGGUGGCUUUCUUGGGUUCGGCGGGCUUGGUAUGUAGACUACCGCAGUGCUUUUAUGGAGGGGUGAGGUUGAGGUGAUUGGGCUUUUCGAAGCUAUGAUGCUGGUAUCAUGCUGUGCUUACGGUAUCAUAAGCUUAUGCCGGCUGCCUGCGCUACGACUUUUACAGGAUCACACCAAAGAUCACUCGCUCUACUCGAGUACUCGAGUAGUUACAUUAAAGCACAAGCAGCUCUGUUGAGGCAUUAGUCUAAUAUAUUUGUAGAUCAUGCCGUUGUAAUCCCAGCUUAGUCAGCUAUUAUCCAUCAUCCCACCAGUAUUCCAUCAAUCCACAUCAUGGACCAACGAGGCACAAGGCACGGGAACAAGCACAUACGGCACCUACCAGAUUACCCCCAUCACACGCGUUCCCAAACACAACCAAAUCGAACCAAACAACCAAACAAACAAGCAAAUGUCGUCAGAUUAGAUCAAGUAAUUUUUCCAUCAUCAUCGAAACAUUCUCUCCCAACCCACCUCUCACGCCUCCGAACCCUCCCGCCGUCUCCCUCGUGUCCCCCAUUGCCCCAUCCACAUCCACCUCGCCCACCAUUGGCUUCGUCCUUCCCAUCCCCGCACACGCCGCACCCUCCUGUUAAUGAAAACAAACCAAUCAACUAGAACCCGAACAAACCCCGCCCACUCCUAACACAGUGGUCCGUACCACAGCCCUGCUUCCCCGGAGAAGAAGAGACCACGAAAAUGAAUCAGGUUUCUUGCUUUUUCCAGGACAGGGCCGCUGAGCGGAGCUUAUGUUGCGGCGAGAGGGGCAUGGCUCCAUUCGGGGGGUUUUCUUGGUGCGAGGGUGGGUUUGUGCAGGAUGAGGCUGGAUGGAGCGCAGAGGGAAUACGGUAGGGCGGAUGGGAUGGGUAGGUUGGACAGGUUAGGAGAGGCCGAAGAGGGUUGGAGGAAGUGGGAGAAAAGGGUUAGAGGGGGAGAUUUGCUUUCGUUUCGAAACUUUUGUUAUCCUGAAGGGGGGUCAUUUCUUUCCUUUAAUACACCAGAAAAGGAUCCCAUCACCCUACCUUAUCCCCUACCCCCCCCGCAAAAUAGCGAAAUUUCUAUCACCCGCCAAUCGACUUUCUCCAUAAUCCCAUCCUAUUCAAGCCUACACGUCGAUCCACCCGGCCAAGCAACCCACCAUCCCACUCGACCCCUACCUGCUACCUACCCGCUUACCAUUGAAAAUCCGACCGCACACAAUCCCGUUCACAUUACUGGUGCUUUACACACACACUGCCGGUGUCGUAAAACGGUUGCUCAACCGCCAAUGUCCCACCCAACUGACGAAGAAAUGUCCGGCUACUACAACAACACUCAUCCCAUCACCGGAGUCGCAGGUUCCUUGCCUCCGCCUUUCCAGCCGCACCAACAGCUUCCCUCCGCAGUUUCCAUCCCUUUGGUUCCGCCUACCACCCCCGUUACCGAAAAGGUUGGUCGCGGGCGCGGACGCCGUGGCCGUGGCGCCGCUGCGGCCAAUAACCCGAACACUCCUACAACCCCGUUCAACACUACCUUUCCAGCUAAUGGCGAGUCGAGCUCUACCGGUGCUACCGGCUCGGCGGCGACCGGUAGAACUGGUGUGGUUAUUAAGACCAAGUUCCCCGUUGCGAGAAUUAAGCGUAUUAUGCAGGCAGAUGAGGAUGUCGGUAAGGUCGCACAGGUCACCCCGGUCGUCGUCUCCAAAGCUCUAGAACUCUUCAUGGUGUCCCUCUGCGACAAAGCCGCCCUCCAAGCACGUAUGCGCAACAGUAAGCGCAUUACUGCCGGUCACCUCAAAGAAGCUGUCCUCCAUGAGGACCAAUUCGACUUCCUCGCCGAAAUCAUUGCCAAAGUCCCGGACAUCCCCCUCCCCGCGGAGAACCAAGGUGGCGCGGGCUCCGGCUCUGGUGGCGACGCCGAGGAGGGCGCAGGCGGGGGUGGAGAUGCCACGCCCAGCGUUAAGAAGACUCGUAAGCCAAGACAGAGGAAGGUCAAAGAUGAGGAUGCCUUCCACUAAGGUGGAAAUGAAAGUGGCAUCGGCAAAGUCAGGGUGUAUUAUUAUUAUCAUUAUUAUUUAUCAUUCGGAAUUUCUUUCUCUCUUUCUCUCUUCCUUUUCAUUCACCCUUUCACUUUCUGCUGCGUUGAGUUGCGUUUUAACUCAAAGGCCUGCGCAACGGUGUACCUUUUCUCCUUCUCAUGACUGGAUAUGAUUACCAUAGGCUAGUCUAGGUUUUUUCUUCCUUUUUUCUCGUCUACUGUGAGCUGAUAAUUCUGUGGAUUGGGUGGUAUCCUUUGUUUACUGGACUAGGAAAACAUGAGGGAAGUGGGAAGGGAGAUGUAUAUAGUGUACAAUAGUAUGAUAUGGCGUUCUUCACUUCAA